CCUAACCGCCUGCCGCCGCCUGAGCGAAUUGCGAACGUUUUCAAACCGUUUUCGAGUAUCAAAACUUUUUUUUUUGGUUUCAACACGCUUUCUGUGUCGUCUUUCAAACAUGUCGUUCCUGGGCAACACAUCCGAUCUGGAAUGCGAAAAAAAUGAGUUUCCAAGGCAACGUUCCACGGGAAUCGUCACCAAAGUGGCAGCCCACAAACUGUCCGCGGAACCUAAGUGGACUGACAAGCGGGAGGAUGACUCCGAUUCGGAGGUCUCGUCGCCGGAUAACUUCCUGACCAAAGGCGCCUUCCUACUGACCCCAUCCUACGAGUUGUCCAUGGAGCGGGCGGCACUUAUCUGCGAGAAGAUGGCAUUCAAGGGAUGCUUCAGCUUGACCAAAACUGCUACAGGAAUUCUGUUUAAAUUCUCACAUCCAGAUGACUAUCAGGCGGUGUUCAAGAAGGGCUUCCACAAGGUCACCGGGGCGCGUUUCUACCGCAAGGUGAGCCCACCCACCCACACCCACAUCUCCAGUGAUUGGAAGGGCAUUAUGGGGCACAAGAUAGCCAUUCCGUGUCGGCCGAGGAAGACUUUUACCUUGUACGUUCUGGAUGUUCCCGAGGAUCUGCCCGUGGAGGACAUACGUCACGCCAUGUACAAGUUCGACUCGGUGGUGGAGGUAGUGCGCCUGCACAUCUACUCGAGCCUCGCAAGCAACGCCGCAAACGCCUCCUCCUCCGCCGUCGCUGCCAGCUCCUCCUCCGCUGGCGGGGACAAGGGCGUCGAAGGUGAGCAGAUUCAGCUGCUGCACACGCCGACCCAGACUCUGCGCCGAGCGGCACUCCGAAGCACCUCCAAGAGCGUGGGUUCUGUGGUAGGCGAUGCCAUCGAGAAGGCCGAGCGCCCUGAGCGCAGGGAACUGCCUCCAGCCGUCAUCCGGAUCACUCUGGCCUCCAUGGAUGAGUACAACAUUCUGUUGCAGAACGGGCUUAACUUCUAUGAUGCCACUUUCUUUCCCACUGAGGCCAACAUCUCGCUGAAGGGCGCCAAGAUUGACUACAAGCGCAGAAUGCUCGAUGGUUCGAUUCCCGGACGGGUGAGGGAACUGCUGCCCGUUUUCGAUGCGGCUGGCUUUUGCAAGCUGCCACCGCCCACCAGCAAGCUAAUUAAGCCGCCGAGGUCGUAGAUCCGAUACACGACUAAACGGUGCCAUAUGAUACGAUACGAUGACAACGCGUUCCGGCCAAAUAAACGGGGCCCCCUUGACGACCACACUACGGAUUCGGUUCUACCCAUUUUAUCUUACCCUACUUCGCUGUAAACUAUACACAUAAUGCUGUUUUUCAACGGAUGCCAACGCUUCCGCUCGAUCCGCCGAUCUGCCGAUCCGAUCCAUAAUAAUUCCUCUUUUGGCUACCAUCUAUGUUUUUGUUGCCUUUUUUCUAUCUUUCUGUCUCCCCUGUGAACUCUUCAACUUUUUUUUUUUUGCUAGUUUUAUUAUUAAAGGCCCAUAUAAGGCGUAGCGUCUAAUUUGUUUGAUUGUCUAACAAUGAAAAAAAAUAUAUAAGCAAAAGCUCAGAAAAGAAAUAAUAAAAAUGAAAUAAGAAAAUCA